UCCAGCAGCGACGAGGCCAGCUUUGGGCCGCCCAACCAACGCGGGCGAGCGCGCGGGUUCAGGAGGCGGCGCCGCGGCCGCCGGUGGCGUCCUCCUCGCCGGGCGCUACACGCCUUCUUCGCCGAGACUCCGACAGCCGCGAGGCUAUCUGUGGGCUUCAUCAAGACUGUAAAAUGGUCCAGCGAAAUUUCGCUUUAUGUCAGGCUAUCAGUGGCCUCCUUCGAGACUGUAAAUUGGUCCGUCGAAAUUCACUUUAUGUCAGGUUGGAUGCUGCGAAAUUAUCGACCAAGGCAUUCAUUGUCCCUAUCUGUCGUCUGGCUACCCGUGAUUUUCAGGCUGUCAAUGAUGAUAACUGAAGUAUUACAGAAGGAUGAUGGUAAAGAUCGUUGGAGUGUCAUGUACAGGCCCUUGCAGAUAGUAUGUGCACCAUGGGAUUUGCUCGUCAAGUUUCUGCAUUCAAAGUGUUCUUUCCUAAUUUAUGGGCACGAUGAAAGAGGCCACUAAAUCUACAGCGGUUUAUGGUGGCGGGCCAUUGGUGCUGGGCAAAUAUUCCAGUUCUCAUGCUGACUUACGAUAAACGUCAUCAUACAGCAACAGCCAGGUGCUCCACUUUUGGUAGCCUCCUACUAUACUCAGCUUUUAGACUGCAACGUGAGUUGCAUUCUACCUGGAAUUUCAUCCAAUCAAAAUAGGAUUAAUGGAGCAGCAACUGCAACUCUGCAAGUAGUCAGUUAGAGAUGAGGAUUCUGUAGAAGAUUUGUGUAUCAUUGCAUUAGCAUUAAGAAGGAUCAAAUGCUUACGAAGAGACAUGCAGCCUAAUCUACAAAACGGCAUGUUCACUUAAAAUUAUAAGCCGCUACAGGAAGGUACUACCUUGUUGCUAAUCCGUAGGUUUACUGUAUAUUGAGGUAUAUAGAAGCUAACCAACUCACCAAGUAGACUAACCAAAAAUAAAUAUUAGUUGACCGUAUUAGAGCUAUGCAGUAGAUCAGUUGGUGAAUGUGGAGCUAUCUUGGGGCUACGGCUAUUACCAAACCGUUCUUUACAGGACAGCUACUGUUUUCAGCUAUAGAAGAGUAGUACACUACAACUCAGCAAGAGGACCUGCCUAAUUUCAACUUGAUUCUACCUUUGAAGUUACUUCCAUUGAUGUGCGCUUCUGCAGCUAGCCUGCAUCUGAUUCUUCAUGGAUUCUUGAUGCAAUGUGUUGACCAGGCAGUUGUGCACCUAUUUACGGACCACUAGCAUGUGGGCCGUGUUUGAUCAACUUUUCAUAAUUUCAUCGACACAUCUUGCUCUUUUUAGCUGGACUGAACUGCCCGCUUCCAAUUACAACUGCUGCUCACUCACUGUGCGUGCCGAAGGGUGUAAGAAACAAAUUACAGGUGGAGGGAAGAGAACGAAAAGAAAAGGUGAAGCAAGAAAGUGCUCGUCACCAGGACAGUUUUCUCCCCAACAGCACCACAACGGUACAAUUUCAGUAGAUUGUUCUUGGCGGGGUGGGCGGAUUGUCCGUGGUGGCGCUGUCAAUGCGGGUGGAUUUGAGACCGGGAGGUGGUUGCGCGGAUGGACGCCUGUGGAAUUCGGGCGCCAGGGGAAGUGCUGCUGCGGAAAUCUGAGCUGUCGGCGGACAAGAAUUGCGGCGGCAAUGGCCGCGACGACGCCGCGUUGAGGCGCAGGGCGGCGGGGGCGAUGCAGGCGGCGGCGCCUGCCACGCCGAGGAGGCACCCGUCGCCGAAUGCCGGUCGAGCGCCGGCGCCGGAGGCCGCGGGAUCGCAGGCGAGGAGGUCCCAGUCGACCGAGCGGAGGCCGGCGACCCCGUCGAGGCUGUCGCCUGGCGGCGGGUCCAGGGCGGCCGCCCCGUCCAGGAUCUCUGCCCCCACGUCGCCGUCGUCCGCGCCUUCCAGCCCAUCAUCGUCCUCCUCCAGCUCGUCCACGCCGGUGCGCGAUGCCGUCGCUGAGUCCCAGAGCGCUCCGCGGAGGCUGUCCGGUGGCCGGGCUCCUCCUGAUGGGCUCUGGCCGUCAAUGCGGAAUCUUUCUUCCUCGUUCCAGCUCGAGGCGAAGGGGAAGAGGAGCAAUGGCUCUUCCACGGAUCAGACCAAGACGAGGGAUGCAGCGGCAGGUGAUAGGAAGAGGAGCCCGUCGAGGGGGAGGAGCGCCACUGAGCAGCCGGAGAAUCCGCACGCUAAGGUGAUUGACCACCAUCGCUGGCCUGCCAUGAUGGGGGGCAGGGCGUCUGUGAGCGCCAUGUCGAGGAGCGUGGAUCUCACUGACAAGAUUAGCAGGCCAGCUCUGUCGUCAAUUCCAUACCGCGGCGUCUCACCAAAGAAAACAUCUCUGUCAUCUGCUGCAAAUACAUUGUCAAGAAGUAUUGAUCUUGCUGACAAGAUUGAUCGCUUAGUCUCUUCGUCGAUUUCAUCGCGAGGUAGCUCACCAAGAACACCAACUGCUUCAAAUGGCACAGCUGACUUGUCGAAAAGCAUGAGUGUUGGUAAAGAUGCCAAACCUGCAGCCGUGGCAAUUCCUUCACGAGGAAUUUCUCCAAUAAGAACAGCUACAUCAGGUGGUACAAGGGCCCUGUCGAAGAGUAUGGAUCUUACUGAAAGAGAUAACAGCACUCUCUCCUCAGCAGUAUCAUCUCCUGGGAUUUCACCAAGUGUGUCAGUGUCAAGUGUAUCUAAUGCUACAUCACAAGCUGCAAAGUCAUCACGAGGACUUUCGCCUAGAAGAACAUCAGCAUCUAGUGGCAGUGGUGCUUUAUCAAGAAACGUUGAUCUGCCAGAAAAUGAUAAGAGACCAGCCACCUCAUCAGGUUUAUUGAGAGGAAACUCUCCAAGAAGGCGAACUGCCUCUGAUGGUAUUAAUGCUGUCGCGAAAAACAUAGAUUUUGCUAAGAAAGAUAGCAGAGCAGGCAUUUCAUCAAUUCCAUCUCGAGGGGUUUCCCCAAGAAGAAGGCUUGCCUCCGAUGUUGUUGAUGCCAUAUCAAGAAGCACAGAUUUUUCUGACAAAGAUAGCAGACCAUCCACAUCAUCGUCAUCUGCUCUAUGUGGGAUUUCUCCACUAAGAAGGCUUGCUUCUGAUGGCAUCGAUACCAUACCAAAAGGCACGGACUUUACUGAUAAAUCUUACAGGUCAUCGACCUCUUCAGCUGCGUCACGAGGUAUUUCACCAAGAACUCGAUUAGCAUCUGACAGUGGUGGUACUAUAUCACAGAGCAUGGAUUUGACUGAUAGAGACAAUAAACCAUCAACCUCAUCUGUCUCAUUACGUGGUAUGUCACCAAGAAGGCGGCUUGCAUCUGAUGGCAUCAAUGGCAUUUCAAAGAACAUCACCUUCACUGAAAAGGAUGACAGAACUAUGCUCUCUUCAAUUGCAUCACAAGAGAUCUCAACAAUAAGAUGUCUUCCAUCUGAUGGUGCUGACACUGUAUCAAUGAAUAUAGAUCGCCCUGAAAAAGUUACCCGACCUGCUACCUCCUCUGCUGCAUCACGUGGCCUUUCACCUAGAAGACGACUUGCCUCUGAUGGUGUCAAUGCUGUAUCAAAGAGCAUUGAUCUUGCUGAGAAAGAUACUGGACCUGCCAGGUCAACGGUUGCAUUGCGAGGGGUUUCUCCACGUAGACAACUCACCUCUGAUCAUGUAGAUUCUAUAUCAAAGAACACAGAUUUUACAGAAAAAGAAGACAUCAGACCUUCCACAUCAUUGGUGGCAUCACGGGGAAUUUCACCAAGACGACGACUUGCCUCUGAUGGCGUAGAUGCUAUAUCAAAAGGCAUAAAUUUUACCCCCAAAAAUAUCAGACCUUCCACUUCUUCAUCACGAGGGAUUUCACCGAGGAGACGGCUUGCAUCUGAUGGUAUCAAUGCUUUAUUGAAGAGCACAGAUUUUUCUGAGAAGGACUAUAGGCCAUCUACCUCAUCAGCCGCACUAAGAGGGAUGUCACCCAGAAAGAGGGUUACCUCUAAUUACAUCGAUGCCAAAAGCAUGGAUUUUUCUGACAAAGAUAGCAGCAGAACAUUGACCUCAUCAGGUGCAUCGCAUGGGACUCCACAGGGAGGCAGCCUUGCUUCUGAUGGCAUUAAUGCUCUGUCUGAGGUUGUGGAUACUACUGUCAAAGAUAGUUUACAGUCCACCUCGUCAGUUGAAUCUGGUGAGACUUCAGAUACUAGAAUUGAUGUCACCAGUACUCUAGUAAAAGGCAUCGAGUUUGCUCCAGAAGUUAAUACAGCAACCCCAGAUGGUUGUAAUGGUCAUAUUUCAGAAAGCAUGGAUUCUCAUGACACAGGCACAUCUGCACCCUCCGUGUCAAUUACAUCACAAGAGCAAUCACCAAGUAGAACCAUUUCUGAUGGCACUAAAACUAUCUCAGAGGAUGCUAAUGCUACUAAAAAUGAUAGCAGAGCAAUAUCAGUGAGAGUUCCAUCUCGAGGAGCUAGUCCAAGAAGGCGACUUGCAUCUGAUGGCAUUGGUUCUAUAUCCAAAAGCAUAGAUUUUGCUGAGAAAGAUAGACCAUCCAUAACCAUGACAACAGCAUCACGUGGAAUGUCACCUAGAAGAACAGCAAGAUCUGGUAUUGUUGAUAUGUCAAAGAGUAUGGAUUUUUCUGAGAAAUGUAAUGGACCAAUAUCCUCAAUAACUCCAUCACGAGUGAUUUCUGCAAGAAGAAUACUGGGACCAGAUGGUGUUAAUGCCAUGUCAAGAAGCGUGGAUCUGACUGACAAAAUCAAGCAACCAAUCUCUUCAACUGUCCGAAAAAUGUCUCUUGCUGAUAGCAGAGCAAAAGGCCCUGACCUUUUGUCAGGUGACUUCAAGAGUCCAGGUUCUACCAAUGGAAAUGAAAGCCAAGAGGAGAAUGCUGGCUCAAACCUAGACACACCUUCAAAUGAUUCAGAAAAGUCUGCAGCCCCAAAACGAUUGGUCAGAACAUUAUCUUCACCAUCACGUGGACUUAUACGCCCUUCAUCACCAACAAAGGCUUCAUCAACAUCAUCUUUUACCCCUAGGAGGAUGCCGAGCCCAUCAAGGAUUAGACCUUCAACACCUGUCUCACCAUGUAGUUCUGCCAGAUCUGAUUCUGCAUCUUCGAUUCUUAGCUACAUCGGUGAUGCAACAAGAGGAAAAAGAAGCCCAAGCCACAUGGAAGACGCCCAUCAACUGCGCCUCCUAUAUAACAGGAACUUGCAAUGGCGCUUUACAAAUGCUUAUGUAGAUGAAAUGCUAUCAGUUCAGAAGAUGAGUGCUGAGACUAUGCUCUACAGUGUAUGGGAUGCUAACUCCAGCCUGUGCGAUUCUAUGGUUAUGAAAAGGAGCUACGUUCAAAGGCUGCGACAGGAGGUCAAGCUGGGAGUUGUGUUGAAAGAGCAAAUGGACUACCUUACUCACUGGGCAGAUUUGCAAACAGAACAUUCUACUUCUUUAUCUAGUGCGAUUGAAGCUCUUAGAGCAAGCACUCUACGGCUUCCAGUUACAGGAGGGGCAAAGGCUGAUGUUCUUACCUUGAAGAAUGCUGUCAGUUCAGCAGUUGACAUUAUGCAAGCAAUGGGCUCAUCUGUUUGCUACUUGUUAUCAAAGUUACAAGCUACACACUCUCUGGUUACAGAACUUUCAGCUGUUGCUGCCAAAGAAAGCUGCAUGCUCAAUGAGUACAGAGAACUCUUGGGUACCGCAGCAGCCCUACAGGUCCAAGAGUCCAGCCUAAGGACACAACUCAUACAAGAAACAGAGUGAACAGAUUAAUGCCAUGUAUGUCUAACUAAGAAUAGAAUGUAGAGGUGACACCAAUCAUUAGUUUCAGUAGCUGACUGUGUAUCUUCAUUCCCUCCCCCAUUUUCUAUUCCCUUUACCCUUUUCUAGUUAGAUAUUUCCCCAUUUCUUGCGUCUGUACUUCCUGCAUGUCCUUUUUCUAUUUCUGCGAUUUACAUGGAAGAGAAGUGCAACAGCACGAAAUCAUGGAUCAGUCCAUGGAAGAGCCUGUCAAUGUUUUAUUUAUAGCGGCCUACAUACUGAGGAUGCCAACAUCCUGAAACUGAAAACUUGUUGUAAAGUUCAACUCUUCUCUUCCCCAUCUCAC